AUGGCUCAUCAGCCUCUUACCAGGAGCACCAUGAGGAGUCACCUGUCCGGAGACCCGCUGCCCCCCGGCUGGGAGAUCAAAGUGGACCCCAACACCGGCUGGCCCUUCUUUGUGGAUCACAACAACAGGACGACCACCUGGAGCGACCCCAGAAUGCGGGACAAGGUGAACCAGACAAUGACUAAUGGUCCACCCCAGGAGAAUAUAAGGCAAAGCAACACUUAUUACCCUCAUCUUAGGCCUGGUUACAUCCCAAUUCCGGUUCAUCAUAAUGGUGUGGACAACCAACAGCAAUUUCCAUGCUACUAUCUACAACAGCCAGGCAAGCAGAGAGUCAAAUGUGAGCCUGCCAAGCGGCCACAGUCUCCCCUGGCUGGCUUUAAUCGCCCUCAGUCUCCUGCCUGGACCUCGCCUGAACCUCUUCAGACAGAGAAACCGAGUAGCCAGCACUCUGGAUCUCCACAAGGACAAUCGCCUCCCCCUUCUGUCGCAGACUCAAGCAGUCUGUCGCAGUCUCCUGGCUGGCAGGGCCCUGUGAGACCAAAUACUGGAAGUCACCAGUUGCCACGUGGCUAUAUUCCUAUACCAGUGAUCCAUGAGGGAAAUUGGGGCCCGCCAGUCUCCUCAGAACGUCCAGCAGACACAGAAGACAGUCUACCCACAACCGGAAAGCCAGUCACAUCAACCAGUGUUCCACAGAAUCCAGGAUGAAAGAGACUCCAAGCAGCCAGUGAAAGUAAGAACCAUAUCUAGUCGAGAAAGUUCUCCUGGCAGAGUGAGCUCCCCAUCUCCUUCUUCUACCCGAGUUCAGCAGAUUCCUGUGCAACGGAUCUCCCCUUCUAGAGUUCAAAUGGAUAAUUCUCCCACUACAGUCCCUGUUCAGAUGGGUUCUCCGACCACAGUUCCUGUUCAGAUGGGCUCUCCUACCACAGUUCCUGUUCAGAUGGGCUUUUCCACCACAGUCCCUGUUCAGAUGAGCUCUCCCACCAAAGCCUCCGUUCAGAUGAGCUCUCCCACCACAGCCUCCGUUCAGAUGAGCUCUCCCACCACAGCCUCCGUUCAGAUGAGCUCUCCCCACCACAGCCUCCGUUCAGAUGAGCUCUCCCACCACAGCCUCCGUUCAGAUGAGCUCUCCAACCACAGUGCCUCUUCAGACAAGAUCAGCCACCCCAACCCAAUCUCAGAUGAGAUCUGCUACCAGUGACUCAACCCCCACCCCAAACCAGGUAGGCUCUGCCGCCACCACUAGCCCAGUAAAGGCAGACCCUGCCAGUAUCAGCUCAGUUAAGAUUGGUCUUGCCACAGAUAUUCCACGUCAGUGUUCAAACACUGUGCCAGCGCAGACCAGCCAAGCACAGGCAGAAUGCAAACCAUUGUUUGCGCAGAAAGAAGUCAUGGAUGAGAUGCAUCCUUCAAAUAUUGUGAAGGAAAGACCUGACUUCAAAGAGUCUCUCCAUGAAAAAGAGGCUGAAGUAGUAGAAUCCCAAGAAAAGCAUCCUGGAGUGGUGCAGGUGGAGCGGAUAUUAGGCAGGGUGGAGGCACUGCAGGAGGCGGUCGCUAACUUUCGGGGCAGUAAAAAUGAAAAGAGGUAUUUGAUGCUGGAGGAAUACCUUACCAAAGAGCUGCUGGCCCUAGACUCGGUAGACCCUGAAGGCCGUGCAGAUGUUCGCCAAGCAAGGAGGGAUGGUGUUAGAAAAGUGCAGAACAUUUUGGAGACUCUGGAACUGAAAGUCACUGAUGGCCAAGCUAUGGACACGCCUGCAAGCUCACAAGAGUCAGUACAGGGUGAUGGCAUAACUGGCGCACAGUACACUUCUUCAAGUGUGCAUGGCAAGGCAGCCUGUGAUAAUCCAUGUAUGGAGAAUGCCUCUGUACCAACCACUGAUGGGCAUUAG